CAACCACCGCCCACAAGGGACCAGGGGCAGCAGGGCAGGGGGUGCCGCGACGGGGGCGCACCCCGGCCCCAGCGCGGUCAGUCACCCACGCCGCCUCUGCGCUGCACUGCACAGCGUGGCAUGAUUGGGUCCCUGGCCCCCUUUUCCCCCGCACUGCGCUCUCUCUCUCUCUCUCUCUCUCUCUGCCUCCUCACCCUCCUCACUGCAGUCCCUCCCAGCGGCUCGCCAGCCACCUGCUCCCCUCCUCUCUCCCCGCGAGCAGGUGAGGAGAGAAGAAGGAACAGAGGCCGCCGCGCCGCUGAUCCCGGCGGCCCCGGCGAUCCACCGACGUGUCCUGGCGGGUCCAGCCACGGCGGCGUGCCGCAUUGAAGGCGGGCGCCGGGUCUCUUGUCUCCACAGCUAGCUAAGAGGGUUCGGCGUCGGCGGCGUCGGCAGCGGAGGCUGUGAGGAGGACCAGGAGCAGAGCAGCCCACGGAAACGGAGAUCUCGCCGGGGAAGAUGAAGAGAUCUGCAUCUUUGUUUCAAGUCCUUUUGGUUUUCAUAACCAUGGUUGAGAUCCAGUGGUCCACCGUAUCCAGCAUAUACUGCAAGGACAUGCCGCCGAAUGUAUAUCGGCCUCACAGUGUCACAAUAACUGAAUUUGGUGCCAUUGGGGAUGGUGUGACCCUCAAUACAAAGGCAUUCCAGAAUGCAAUCUUCUAUCUCAAUUCAUUCGCGGACAAGGGUGGUGCGCAGCUCUUCGUGCCUGCUGGAAGGUGGCUGACAGGGAGUUUUAAUCUUAUCAGCCAUCUCACUUUAUCACUGGACAAGGAUGCGGUAAUAAUUGGAUCUCCGGAUUCAUCUCAUUGGCCAGUUAUUGAUCCUCUUCCAUCCUAUGGACGAGGUAGAGAGCUUCCUGGAAAAAGGCAUCAGAGUCUGAUUUUUGGAUUAAAUCUGACGGAUGUAAUUAUAACUGGUGCUAAUGGUUCCAUUGAUGGUCAAGGAGCUAUUUGGUGGGGCUGGUUCCGCAACCACACAUUGAAUUAUACUAGACCACAUCUUGUUGAGUUGAUGUAUUCUACCAAUGUUGUCAUAUCUAAUCUAACCUUCAAGAACUCGCCGUUUUGGAAUAUCCACCCUGUAUACUGCAGCCAAGUGCUUGUCCAGCAUGUCACAAUCCUUGCGCCUUUGAAUUCACCAAACACAGAUGGUGUUAGUCCAGACUCCUCCACGAAUGUGUGCAUCAAUCAUUGCUAUGUAAGAAAUGGUGACGAUGUUAUUGUCAUUAAAAGUGGCUGGGAUGAGUACGGCAUUUCAUUUGCUCAACCAAGCUCCAAUAUCAGCAUAAGCGACAUCACAGGGGAGACAAGGGGUGGUGCAGGGAUUGCCUUUGGAAGUGAGAUGUCAGGUGGCAUAUCAGAAGUCCGGGCUGUGGGCCUCCGCAUUGUCAACUCCCUUCAUGGGAUCAGAAUCAAGACAGCCCCAGGGCGUGGAGGGUACGUGAAGAAUGUGUACAUAGCCGAUGUGAGCAUGGACAAUGUUUCAAUGGCCAUCAGGAUCACUGGAAACUAUGGUGAACAUCCUGAUGACAAAUAUGACAGGACUGCUCUCCCUGUGAUAAGCAAUAUUACAAUCAAGGAUGUGGUUGGCGUUAACAUUGGCGUUGCUGGUAUAUUGGAAGGCAUUCAGGGGGACAAUUUCAGCAACAUUUGUCUGUCCAAUGUUUCCCUCAGUGUACAAUCUGCACAUCCAUGGAAUUGUUCACUUAUUGAAGGAUAUUCUAACUCAGUGAUCCCAGAAUCAUGCGAACAGCUCAAAAGCAAUUGUAGACAGACACCCAUUUGCUACGAUGGAAGCGGUUCUUCAGCAAUGCAUGUGCAGCAACCAAGACAUACAUCGAGCACCAGCCGGUUGCUAAAUCCUUUACUGGAGUUGGCUUCAUUUUAGUGUAGGUAGAGCUGUGCUUGUUAUUAUUGCUGCAAAGGGGCUUGCUUCACGGAAUGACCCCUAUUAGUCAUGUAUAUCUGAUUCUUGCAAUUAUUUGUGCUUAGAGUGCCGCUUGCUUCAUGUAUAUAGCUGUUGAGAUGACUAUUGAUGUAUCUUGCCUGUUUUGUUCCCAUUUUUGAUAUGUGAAUGCAAUCUGCAUAACUUAUGGUUUUGAACAUGAUUUUUCUUUUUAA